UGUGGGCUAUAUUACAUGGAUUUAUUGGGAAGGUGUGGGCUAUAUUACAUGGAUUUAUUGGGAAGGUGUGGGCUAUAUUACAUGGAUUUAUUGGGAAGGUGUGGGCUAUAUUACAUGGAUGUAUUGGGAAGGUGUGGGCUAUAUUACAUGGAUUUAUUGGGAAGGUGUGGGCUAUAUUACAUGGAUUUAUUGGGAAGGUGUAGGCUAUAUUACAUGGAUUUAUUGUGAAGGUGUGGGCUAUAUUACAUGGAUGUAUUGGGAAGGUGUAGGCUAUAUUACAUGGAUUUAUUGUGAAGGUGUAGGCUAUAUUACAUGGAUUUAUUGUGAAGGUGUAGGCUAUAUCACAUGGAUUUAUUGGGAAGGUGUAGACUAUAUUACAUGGAUUUAUUGGGAAGGUGUGGGCUAUAUUACAUGGAUUUAUUGGGAAGGUGUAGGCUAUAUCACAUGGAUUUAUUGGGAAGGUGUAGACUAUAUUACAUGGAUGUAUUGGGAAGGUGUAGACUAUAUUACAUGGAUGUAUUGGGAAGGUGUAGGCUAUAUUACAUGGAUGUAUUGGGAAGGUGUAGGCUAUAUUACAUGGAUGUAUUGGGAAGGUGUAGGCUAUAUUACAUGGAUGUAUUGGGAAGGUGUAGGCUAUAUUACAUGGAUUUAUUGUGAAGGUGUAGGCUAUAUUACAUGGAUGUAUUGGGAAGGUGUAGGCUAUAUUACAUGGAUGUAUUGGGAAGGUGUAGGCUAUAUUACAUGGAUGUAUUGGGAAGGUGUAGGCUAUAUUACAUGGAUGUAUUGUGAAGGUGUAGGCUAUAUUACAUGGAUGUAUUGGGAAGGUGUAGGCUAUAUUACAUGGAUGUAUUGGGAAGGUGUAGGCUAUAUUACAUGGAUGUAUUGGGAAGGUGUAGGCUAUAUUACAUGGAUGUAUUGGGAAGGUGUAGGCUAUAUUACAUGGAUGUAUUGGGAAGGUGUGGGCUAUAUUACAUGGAUUUAUUGUGAAGGUGUAGGCUAUAUUACAUGGAUGUAUUGGGAAGGUGUGGGCUAUAUUACAUGGAUUUAUUGUGAAGGUGUAGGCUAUAUUACAUGGAUAUAUUGUGAAGGUGUAGGCUCUACUACAUGGAUUUAUUGUGAAGGUGUAGGCUAUAUUACAUGGAUAUAUUGUGAAGGUGUAGGCUAUAUUACAUGGAUAUAUUGUGAAGGUGUAGGCUAUAUUACAUGGAUGUAUUGGGAAGGUGUGGGCUAUAUUACAUGGAUUUAUUGUGAAGGUGUAGACUAUAUUACAUGGAUUUAUUGUGAAGGUGUGGGCUAUAUUACAUGGAUUUAUUGUGAAGGUGUAGGCUAUAUUACAUGGAUUUAUUGUGAAGGUGUGGGCUAUAUUACAUGGAUUUAUUGUGAAGGUGUAGACUAUAUUACAUGGAUGUAUUAGACUUUUUAAAAGGUAGAUGUUCCAAAGUUCUGCAUCAGUGUCUUGUAGGAAGCCAGGAGAUGCUAAAUGGGUUUAAUUAACGGUCAAUUACAGUGAGACCGACAGUUAUUUGCUUGACAAUCACCUGCUGACAAAAUGUCAAUGCCACCACAUCCCUAGUUGUGAUCAGUGCAGCUUGUCCUCGGUGAAAACCAUAUUGGUGAAGGGUUGCGGUCAAUUUCAUUUCAACUCCAUCAAUUCAGUAAAUCGAAUUAAUGAAUUUAUGCAUUGAGAAAUCCUCCUUAAACGUAAAUGUAACUUUUGAUUGAUUUUCUCUUCGAUUAACCUCUUCACAUGACUGAAUUGAAAUUGAAUUGCCCAGGUCCCAUAUGGGUUUUAGAAACAUUCUGGAGAUUUCUGCCUCAUCACUCUGUACUGGAUCAUUCCGUUCCCACUAAGAAGACCCAGUGGUAAGUAACCCACAGUAAAUGCCACGGGAACUGGGGUUGCUGCGAAACAAAGCUAACUGUUUAAGCGUGUGAACAUUUGUCAUUAAUCACUGAGCGUGGAGCCCAUAGUAGAGGCCAAUGAUUAACGAGCUA